UGCGUGUGUGAGUGGGCGCAAACCCUAUAAAAGCAAAGGAACUCCCCAAGUCAUUUACACUUAAGCAGUAGUCACAGAAAACCAGACAGCAUAGUAGACAGACGCCAACGACGAGGAUGUUUUGCAAGUACGUGAUCGUUGUUCUCUUGGCGGCCAUGAGCGGCGGGGCCGUGAUGGGCUCUCUGCAGGACAAACAGACCGACUUGGGCUUAAAGGUCUUCGGCCAUUUGGCCGGAGCCUCGGCGCACAGGAAUGUGCUUUUCUCCCCGUAUGGCGUUUCUUCCGUCCUGGCGAUGGCACAGCUCGGCGCGGCGGGGAACACUCGCAAGGCCAUGACUGCCGCAAUGGGAUUUUCCUUGCAAGAGCGCGGAAUGUCUCGAGAGCAGCGCUUCCUGCAGCGCGACCUCCACGCCGAGGAUGGUUUGGAGUUGGCCAGCGGAGUCAUGGUGGAGAGGAAGAUGAGCCUGGAGAAGGGAUACCGCCAGGCCCUGUCCAAGGCCUUCAGGAGCCACCCGCACCAAGUGGACUUCACCAAGCCCGACCAGGCGGUGGACGUCAUCAACGCCUGGGUUUCGGACCACACUGCAGGCGCCAUUCCUGAGUUCUUGGCCCGGGGAUCGCUGAGCGAAGAGACUCGCCUGGUGCUCCUCAACGCCCUCCACUUCCAGGGACUCUGGAAGGUUCCGUUCGACCCCAAGCUCACGCACGAGAGAAUGUUCCACAGCGCCAACGGCAGCUCCGUACCCAUUGACAUGAUGACACUCACCAACCGCUUCAACUACGGGGAGUUUGUGACUCCCAGCGGCGUGGACUAUGACGUCGUCGAGGUCCCGUAUGAGGGCGACUCGCUGAGCAUGCUGCUGGUGUCGCCUUUUGAAACCGACGUGCCGCUCAGCGCCCUCAGUGACGACCUGAGCAGCCAGCGGAUCCGCCAGUGGAGAGCCGAGCUCAGGAGCGUUCGGAGAAAGUUGACCAUGCCCAGGUUUACUCUGAACUCGGAGGUCAACUUGAAGGCUGCACUCAUCAGCAUGGGCCUGGGGAACAUGUUCAAUCUGGCCACUGCAGAUUUCAGCCGCAUUACAACCGACGAGAGGCUUUGCGUGUCCAAGGUUCUCCAGACAGUCAAGCUUGAGGUCAACGAGCAAGGAACAAAGGGAGCAGCGGCAACGGCUGCUGUGCUAUUUUCCCGAAUGGCAGUGGAGGAGCUCACUUUGGAUCGGCCUUUUCUCUUCUUGAUCCAGCACAAACCAACGGGGGCCAUUUUGUUCAUGGGCCAGUUCAAUCAUCCCGCUUAAGAAGCAAAUAAGGCUACUUUCACUGUGCCCGACUACUGCUGGACACCAGAAGACAACUUUUUAAAACCAGGACAUUGUUGACAUGAAUGACACUGAUGCACUUCCUCUUUCUACUCAUUUUCAUUCAUUGUCUUGUUGCCAUGCUAUUUUUGUAUAUACGUUUUAUUUAUUAAAAGAUAUAUAUUCUGUUUAAA